AACCCGCCCCCUGCCCUGCCCCUCCCGGGCCUGCGUGGGGCGCGGGGCUUUUGCCGCCGGAGUGAGCGGCUUUUGGGCCUGAGCGCGGGGGGAGUUCAGACUCGAGGCUGCUGCCCCGCAGGGGCAGUUCUGGAGCCUCUCGCCUGAGGAGCGCGGCCGGCGGAGGCACGGCCCCCGGAGCCCCCGCGGCCUGGGCGAGAUCUGCCUUCUGGAGACUGUGCCCAUCCUGGGGGAAGAGCCCAAAAAGAGGAUAUGGCUACUGAACAGGCGGAAGCAAGGUCUCAGGUGUCAGUGACGUUUGAGGAUGUGGCUGUGCUCUUUACGCGGGAUGAGUGGAGAAAGCUGCGUCCUUUUCAGAGAAACUUGUACCAGGAUGUGAUGCUGGAGACCUACAGUAACCUGGUCUCAUUGGGACUCCCAUUUUCCAAACCCAAAGUGAUCUCCCUGUUGCAGCAAGGAGAAGCGCCCUGGAAGUUGGAGGAAGGCAGUCCGGGAGGCUCCUGGCCAGGAUGGAAGAGCAGUCAUAAAACCACAAAGUCAACUCAAACACAAGAUUCUUCAUUUCAGGAGCUGAUAGGGAAAAGAUCGAAAAGGAAUGGACCCUGGGACUUCAAAUCAGAAAAACCCUGCAUAUCUGAAGACAGAUUAGAGAAAAAGCAGGAGAAAAAGGAAAGUGUUCAGAUUGUGUCAGUCCCCCACAAAAAAAUCCUUACUAUGGAAAGAAAACAUAAAAAUACUGAAUUUGGCCAAAACUUCAGGCCAAACUCAGUCCUCAUUAGGCAACAAAUGGUUCCCAGAGAAAAAACACCACCAAAAUGUGAAAUACAAGGAAACAGCUUCAAACAGAAUUUAAAUGUACUUAAUCAACCAAAAAUCAACACAGCAGAGAAACGCUACAAAUGUAGUCUGUGUGAGAAAACCUUUAUUAACACGUCAUCCCUUCGUAAACACGAGAAAAACCAUAGUGGAGAGAAAUUAUUUAAAUGUAAAGACUGUUCAAAAGCCUUUAACCAAAGUUCAGCUCUUAUUCAACAUCAAAUAACCCAUACUGGAGAGAAACCCUAUGUAUGUAAAGAAUGCGGGAAAGCCUUUACUCUUAGUACAUCCCUUUAUAAACAUCUAAGAACACAUACUGUGGAGAAAUCCUAUAGAUGUAAAGAAUGUGGUAAAUCUUUCAGUCGAAGGUCAGGCCUUUUUAUACAUCAAAAAAUCCAUGCUAGAGAAAACCCCUAUAAAUAUAAUCCAGGCAGGAAGGCGUCUAGUUGCAACACAUCCCUCCCUGGAUGUCAGAGAACUCAUUCCAGAAAGAAAUCCUAUUUAUGUAAUGAAUGUGGCAACACUUUUAAGUCUAGUUCAUCCCUUCGUUAUCAUCAGAGAAUUCACACAGGAGAGAAACCUUUUAAAUGUAGUGAAUGUGGGAGAGCCUUCAGUCAGAGUGCCUCUCUUAUUCAACAUGAAAGAAUUCACACUGGAGAAAAGCCCUAUAGAUGUAAUGAAUGUGGAAAAGGCUUCACUUCUAUUUCACGCCUUAAUAGACACCGAAUAAUUCAUACUGGUGAGAAGUUUUAUAAUUGUAAUGAAUGUGGUAAAGCCUUAAGUUCCCACUCGACACUUAUUAUUCAUGAGAGAAUUCAUACUGGAGAGAAACCAUGUAAAUGUAAAGUGUGUGGGAAAGCCUUCAGACAAAGUUCAGCUCUCAUUCAACAUCAGAGAAUGCAUACAGGAGAAAGACCCUAUAAAUGUAAUGAAUGUGGGAAAACAUUCAGGUGUAACUCAUCCCUUAGUAAUCAUCAGAGAAUUCAUACUGGAGAGAAACCAUAUCGAUGUGAGGAAUGUGGGAUAUCUUUUGGCCAAAGUUCGGCUCUUAUUCAACAUCGGAGGAUUCAUACUGGAGAGAAACCCUUUAAAUGUAAUACAUGUGGGAAAACUUUUAGACAAAGUUCAUCACGUAUUGCCCAUCAGAGAAUUCAUACUGGAGAGAAACCUUAUGAAUGUAAUACUUGUGGGAAACUUUUCAAUCACAGGUCAUCUCUUACUAAUCAUUAUAAAAUUCAUAUUGAAGAGAACCCCUAGAAAGUAGAUUCGCAUGUGUGAAAGCCUUAAACCAAAGCUCAUCAGAAUACAUGAGAAUGAUAUAAAUGUAAUAAAUGUAAUGGAUACAAAAAAAGCCUUUCUAUAAUUUAGUCAUCAGAUGUUAAAUUCCAAGAUAAAUCUUGACUAUAAUAGAGAAUGAGGAAAAUGGAAAAUGUUCAUGUCUGUCAUAAACUUUAAAAUAACCUGAAAUGAAGAAUUUACAACUGGAGACUGACUUUGGGCAUUUGUAAAAAUAAAAGAAUUGUUUUAUCUCUACAGCAGUGUAUACUAUAUAUCGUGAUUGUCAUAAACAUCUGGGCCAGUGGUGUGUGCACUGCAUUCCUCAUAUAAAAGAAAAAAAACUAUAAACUGGUAAUACUUUUUAAAAUAACUAACAUUAGCAUAUAAAAGAUGUGAUCAAAGAAAUGACACAUUUUUGGAGAAAAGGACCAAAUAAAAGAUAAAAGUGAAUUGUAAACUACCUCUCAGCUUCUGGGGUGUGUCCUUUUCCUGACCUGAUGUCAAACUUUGUGCAUGGGUUUUAUUUUAAAAUAGAAAUAAAAGUCUGUUCUUCCUUUGUUCAACUAAUUGCUG